GACUAGACAAGACUGAUAAUGUGACUAUCUAACCAUAAGUAACGUUUAUAAUUUUGAGAGGCCAAAAUUGAAAUAUUUAAACUUCAGAUGCCGAAAUUGUCGGAUUGUGAAACUUGAAGAGACAAAAAAAUAUUACCAUCGUUUAAUUUGAGGGGUUCACUUUUGCAAUUUAAGAUGUCAGGAUACAAAAUGCUAUUGUUAAAGUUGAGGGUCGAAAGUGCAAUUUAGUGAAAAUAGAAUAAAAUCAUACAAAACACGGUUGAGACCGGGACGGAACAGUGACCGAGAGUAUCAGAAAAUGGCAGAGACAGAUUCGUCGUCUUCCUCCAACGCAGAAGAAGUAGUGUCCUCCUCACCGACAUCGGCCUCCGCAUCGCUGGUAUCGAUGGCUGAGAAUUUUCAGCGUUCUGCAAUUGAAUCUGCUCGUACUGUUCAACACACCUCUUCCACCCAAUUUCGCACCUUUCAGAAUUUUUUACCAGAAGCAGUGUCACAUUAUAGAACUUAUGAAGAUGCUUUCGUCAAUAAAGUUAAAGAUGGACUGAUGGUAGCAAGGGAGAACCCGGCUAUAGGUGUUGGUUUUGCUGUUUCUGCUGCCCUUCUUGUUAUGAGAGCUCCAAGAAGAUUUCUGUUUCGCAACACAUUGGGUCGAUUCCAGAGUGAGGAGACACGAUAUGCAAGUGCUGAGAAGAAUGUGAAGAACUUGAACCUUUCAGUAGAUUUGCUAAAAAAGGAGAGCAUAAAAUUGCUUCAAAGGACAUCUCUUGCGGAGAAGGAAAUGAAAUAUGGGCAUAAUGAACUAAUGAACACUGGAGCCCAAUUACAACGACUGGCAAAAUCAUCAUACAAGGUUGAAGCCAGAGCUACAGAUUUAAUAGACAGGCUGCGCGAUAUACCUAGCCGUGAAGCUCUGGCACUUCGAGCUGAGGUUGCCUCUUUGGCUUCAAACUUGAAGCGACAGAGAUCUGUGCUGGACAAACGGAUAAUGAAGAUCUCUGAGUUGGGGAUUUCUGUGUGAAUCAGUGGACAAGUUUUGAUCCUUCCCUUAAUGCACACCUGCGUCAAUCAUCUCAUUUUAUUUGGAUAAAUUGUCCCGAGGUGGAUAGCUUUACUUAUGAUGCAGAUCCAUCCAUUGGGGCAUCUAUUUUUUGGUUUGGUCAAUUGAAUGAAUAGGUAGAUGGGGCCUUAAUAAAAAGGUGUGAUUGAAAAUUUAUCUUUAGAUAUUACAGCUUUAAAGAAGUUCAUAUUGAAAGUGACCUAUGUUUGUUCAAUUUAUAAGCAACAACAAUUGUGUGUGGAAACAUCAUUAUAGGUGGUCUAUGAGAGAUCACAUUUUAAUUUUGUUUGGUCUGUUAAGUGUUGCAAGUAUAUCAGAUUUUAUAA